UCGCUGUCGAUUUGUCGAUGUACCGUUCUGAGCAAUCCUGAGUAAAGGCCCUCGUCAUUUUAGCCCGCUUCAGUUUUAGCUUACAUACAGUCACAGGGAAUUUUGCAUUCCCUAAUCAGCUUGAUGUCGGAACGCUUUGAGAAAACGGCCAAAAUGAAACUCGUGGACAACGUUGUGAAGAGUUUCAAAGUGGCAAAGAUAUUUCGGCAGAACACCAACAAAAUCAACUGCAUAGACUUCAGCCCUGAUGGAAUGAAUAUCGUGUCCUCCAGCGAAGAUGACCAGAUUGUCAUUUACGACUGUGAGAAAGGCUGUCAAGUGCGGACAAUAAACAGCAAAAAAUAUGGCGUUGAACUGAUCCUGUUCACACAUGCGAAAAACACUGCUAUCCACAGCUCUACAAAAAUUGAUGACACCAUCCGCUACCUAUCGUUGCAUGACAACAAAUACAUAAGGUAUUUCCCGGGGCACACAAAGAAGGUUGUCACGCUAUCCAUGGCCCCCACUGAUGAUCUGUUUUUGUCCGGAUCGAUGGACAAGAGCCUGCGGUUAUGGGACAUACGAUCUCCUAAUUGCCAUGGUUUGAUGCAUCUCUCAGGCAGACCUGUUGCAGCGUUUGAUCCAGAAGGACUAAUAUUUGCAGCUGGAAUAAAUAGCGAGGUCAUUAAGCUGUAUGACCUGCGUUCCUUUGAUAAGGGCCCUUUCACCACUUUUAAACUCCCCUCAGAAAAGGAAUGUGACUGGACUGGACUGAAGUUCAGCAGAGAUGGAAAAACAAUUUUAGUUUCCACAAAUGGAUCUCUUAUUAGACUGGUUGACGCAUUUUCUGGUCAAUCGUUGCAAACAUUCAGUGGUCAAUUCAACAACAAAGGCAUUCCGAUUGAAGCCUCAUUCAGCCCCGAUUCCCAAUACGUCUUUAGUGGAUCGACAGAUGGUAAAAUCCAUGUUUGGAAUGCUGACACUGGAUACAAAUUGUGCAUUCUAAAUGGAGACCACAAUGCGCCUGUCCAAUGUGUUCAAUUCAAUCCGAAGUAUAUGAUGCUUGCAUCUGCCUGUACCAGCAUGUCAUUCUGGCUCCCAACUAUCGAUGAGUAAAGAAAGUGUACAGAAUCAGGAUAUCAGGAUUCCGACUACAGAAUAAAAUACUUAUAAGAUUCCAUUCCUACAA